AUGGUGAACUUUCCAGGUCGCGCGUCUGACGAGCAGACUAAGAAAUUGAGGGACCAUCGGCAAUGGCUCCACGACAACAUUCGCAACGACUGGUCAUACCCCAACGCUCCUCACCUUUUACCUUCUCACUACCACUCGACUCAAGUUGCUCCUGGCGCCUCGUCAACAAUUACUAUGCCUGAACUCUCCCAAGACGCAAGAGUCCUCGUCAACGACCACAUCAGACAGUCCCCUAUCCCCAACACCAUGAGACCAGUGACGGCCUUAGCAUCCAACUCCUUGCAAUGGCACGAACGCUACUACAGUGAUGGCGAAGACUCGGGUUCAGACGACGACCGCGACAAUGCGACACCUGCCUUCGACACACCCGACUCGGUUGGUACCGACCUUGCAGCCCGUAAAGAACGAAGACGCAGACGUCGCCAGAGAAGAUUCGAGGAUGAGAUGCAAGAGAACAUCGGCCUGGCUCACUGGAGUGCCCAGAGAAAUCUGUGGACUGGUGCGAAACCGAAGAACAAGGUGCAAUCGACAGAUUCUUCACCUGCGCAGCCGCAAUCAUCUCAGGCGCCAUCGCCAGCAACCAUCACAUCGACAACUCUCGUUGAACCAAUAAUUCCAGACGCAGAUCAAAGGGUCCCCGGAGCACAAGCACUCUUUCCCAACCCCAUCCGCAGCCACAUCACCGAAAACUCUUACUCGGACAUAUACACGAAAAUCAUUCUCCAGAGUCGCACUCCCUCCAUUCCCAUCAGCCUGAAGGACGUCACCCGCUCCUUGGUCCACGGCUGGAAAGAAGAGGGUCAAUGGCCACCGAAGCCCACACCUGCAGAGCCCAGUCUGGUCAAGAAGAAUGGCCAUCCCCACAUCAAGGGCGUGCUGAACAAACUGGGUAGACCAUUCGGGCUCAAGGGACAAGGACUUCCUGUUGAGAAGGGCUCGGCACAGGGUCAGGUUUAG